AUGACUUUUGCGGGAAAACACAAUCCAGUUAUCAUUCUCCACGGGAAACAAUCUCGAAUUCUUCGUGGUCUUGAAGACGUUCCUGUACAAAGCGUCAAGGCGGAGAGUUACGGCGCUCCGACUUUGUUCGCGUCAAAUGUGCGGGUCGACACUCUCAUUGUCGGAGUCACGUCUGAAGAUGUAGGAUCUAGCGACGGCGAAGAUCCCGAGGAUCCCGACGACGAUUCUCGCAUAUUGUGCGGUGCUGCUCCCGGCACGUGGCUCGCAAGAUCUGGCGUUGGGCUGCAAGAGAUCCUCCUGCGAUUUGAGCAGCGAGACGCAGCACGGAACAUGCAGCCGCAUACUGCACUUGCGGAGUGCUCUCCGCUCUUGCUAUCGAUGGAGGGCGUAGCCGGUGAAGCGAUGUUCGUAUUCUGCGCUUGGAAAUGGGCAUGCUGGCGACUUGACGAUGCGCAGAUGUCGCGCGCUCCCGGUGCGGUGCUAUGUAAUGAUGCUUGUAUCAGCUGGAAGAAUGGGCUGUCCGAAGGACAGAGAGGCCAACGGAGUCCAAGACUUGGGCGUACACUCCUGUACGCGCAGCUGCAUCCUAAGCGUACACUAGUUACGCACGAACCCGCAGAUCGAGCAAACCGCAAGAGAGAGACAUGGCGCGCACAGUGGAAGCGAGAUAAGGCGUUGUUGAUGAGAUGCGGACAGGACAAGAUCAGGCAGCGUCAAGGAUCGAGGAUGGUGCCAGGCACCGUCGCGAGACUGGAGCUGGGCGAGUCUGCAGCGGAACAGCUGAACGACAGGAUGCAGGUGAAGGCCUUCAUCCACUGGCCGGAGCACUUUCAGGCGACACCAACAUCACGAAUCGUGAACGUUCAGAUCCAGGAAUUGCGGACUCAUGUCGGAUGCACCCUCUCUCGCACCGUCGACCUCAAUCAAGUCUCCGAACGACUUCAGGCUGCCUCACCGACGCCCUCUAUCGCCAUUACUGUGUCUCCGUCCUCUGAGGAGGAGCAGGAAAGCGAGUCCUUGAGGACUUUUUCUGCACCCCCGAAAAGUUGCUACCGAUACCGCAAUAUCAUUCUAUUCUGGCAGUUGUCAAGCACCGGCCGGAUCAACUUUUGUGGACGCCAGCUCUCACGAUGGAAGAAAUUCCGAGGGCUUCAGUGCAUCAUCAGGAGCCGGACAGUGACGACGGGAGCCGUGCUGGUUCGCGCGAUUAGCAAAAUAUGGGUUUGGCCGUCCGUUUCGUCUGGAACAGGAACUCGAGCAGCAGGACAAGCAAUCGGCAACGGCACGACACUGCGUGGGUCGUGCUUGUACACUCAGGUCUUCCGAGGUUGGACGAUACGUACGAUCGAAUCUGCAGCCCUGCCGCCGCCUCCCAACACGAGGAAGAGAGCCAUCGCGCUGAGACGGAGCUGCGAGAAGCCGUGGCUUUCAGGAAAUCUGAUCGCUCUCCACUGCUAG